GUUAGGCUAGUCACAGAAACGUUCUGGCUGCUCUGCUAUGAUGACUUGAACACAAACACACACACACACCCCCAAUAUCUGGCUGUGGCUAUGGACGCUCAGUGUGGUAAGUGUUUAAAAUGGCUGUCGUCAGGCUCCCAGUUGUCACGGUCCACCUCGCUGCAGCUUUUUUCUUGCCACUAAUUGGCAAAAUUCUUUCCUAUCACCUGGCGUAACUGAAACCUCGACUGAAACGGUGCCUAGGAAGCAGACAUGUGCAAGGCAGAAGUUCUAUUUCGGCCUCCCCUGGUCCCUCGAGCCAGGCGGCUGCGUUUAUAAGAUGCCAUAGAAGGAGAAGUGGAGGAAGAAGAAAUCCCUAAGAAACUGGGUAUGACUCGAUCUCCCCCGAGGGAUCUGUUCCUGGGCCAAUCAGCUUUCCUUAGGCAUCGCCUCUGGCUCUUGAAGCAAGCAAGCGAUACCUCAGACACACUGCAUGGGUAUAAAAGACUGCAGCCAGUGCCUUGUAAACAAGAGGUGUCUCCUAAUCUUGUCUCUCUGGUGCAUUGUGGGUAACACUGUUCCCAGUCUCUGCUUCCUCCGUGAUCUAAACCAAAGCCAAGAUGCCUGGUGGGUACAAAGGAGAAUGUGGGGAAGACGUGGAUCCCAUGCCGUUCUUGGCCCCCUCCGAAAAAGAGAAGAUUGAGGCCAUAAGCAAGCCAUAUGACAUCAAGAAGUCAUGCUGGAUCAAGGACGAGAAGGAGGGCUUCUUGGCUGGAGAGAUCCAGUCCGAGGCUGAUAACCAAGUCACCGUGAAGACGGUGACCAAUCAGACUGUCACCGUUAAGAAAGAUGACGUCCAGCAGAUGAACCCCCCCAAGUUCUACCAAGUCAGUGACAUGGCCAACAUGACCUUCCUGAACGAAGCUAGCGUCUUGGAUAAUCUGAAGCAGCGCUACAUCUUGAUGAGGAUCUAUACCUACUCCGGCCUGUUCUGCGUGACCAUCAACCCUUACAAGUGGCUGCCCAUCUACGGAGCCCGCGUGGCCCAGAUGUACAAGGGCAGGAAGAGAACGGAGGUACCUCCUCAUCUCUUCUCCAUCUCUGACAACGCCUACCAUGACAUGCUCAUGGAACGCGAGAACCAGUCUAUGCUGAUCACUGGAGAAUCCGGUGCUGGCAAGACUGAGAACACGAAGAAAGUCAUCCAGUACUUUGCUAACAUCGGCAGCACUGGCAAAGCCCCUGCCGAUGGGAAGGGGUCACUGGAAGAUCAAAUCAUCCAAGCUAACCCUGUCCUAGAAGCUUUUGGAAAUGCCAAAACAACCAGGAACAAUAAUUCCUCUCGCUUUGGUAAAUUCAUCCGAAUUCACUUUGGCAGCACGGGAAAACUGGCUGGGGCUGACAUUGAGAGCUAUCUCUUAGAGAAAUCUCGUGUCAUUUCUCAACAACCUGCUGAAAGAGGCUAUCACAUCUUCUACCAGCUUCUCUCCAACAAGAUGCCUCAACUUGUGGAAUCUCUGCUCUGUGUGCCCGAUCCCAAGGAAUACCACUGGACAAGCCAGGGUGUCACAAUUGUCGACAACAUGGACGAUGGGGAAGAGCUGCAACUCACAGAUGUGGCCUUUGACGUCCUGGGCUUCACUCAAGAAGAGAAGAUCAGCGUUUACAAGCUGACUGGUGGCAUUAUGCACUUUGGCAACAUGAAAUUCAAGCAGAAGCCAAGAGAGGAGCAGGCAGAAGUGGACACCACAGAGGUGGCCGACAAAGUUGCCCACCUCAUGAAUCUGAACUCUGGGGAUCUCCAGAAGGGCAUCACCAGACCCCGGGUGAAAGUGGGCAAUGAGUUUGUGCAGAAAGGUCAGAACAUGGAUCAGUGCCACAACUCCGUCGGUGCCCUGGGCAAAGCGGUCUAUGACAAGAUGUUCAAGUGGCUGGUGGUCAGGAUCAACAAGACCUUGGACACCAAGAUGCAGAGGCAAUUCUUCAUUGGGGUGCUGGAUAUUGCCGGCUUUGAGAUCUUUGAGUUCAACAGCUUUGAGCAGCUGUGCAUCAACUUCACCAACGAGAAGUUGCAGCAGUUCUUCAACCACCACAUGUUCGUGCUGGAGCAGGAAGAGUACAAGAGAGAAGGCAUUGAGUGGGUGUUCAUUGACUUUGGCCUGGACUUGCAGGCUUGCAUUGAACUCCUGGAAAAGCCUAUGGGCAUCUUUUCCAUCCUGGAAGAGCAGUGCGUGUUCCCCAAGGCCACGGAUGCCACUUUCAAGGCUGCCCUCUAUGAUAAUCAUUUGGGCAAGUCCCCCAACUUCCUGAAACCCAAAGGAGGCAAAGGCAAAGGGGCAGAAGCCCACUUUGAGCUGGUGCAUUACGCCGGCACCGUGGGCUACAACAUUACCGGUUGGCUGGAGAAAAACAAGGACCCCCUGAAUGAAACGGUGGUGGGCUUGUUUCAGAAGUCCGGGAUGGCUUUGCUCUGCACCCUCUUCAAAGAGGAAGAAGCUGCCGCUUCAGGAACCAAGAAGCAGAAAAGAGGGUCUUCCUUCAUGACUGUCUCGAAUUUCUACAGGGAGCAGUUGAACAAGCUGAUGGCCACCUUGCACAGCACCGCCCCUCAUUUCGUCCGCUGCAUCGUUCCCAAUGAGUUCAAGCAAUCCGGGGUGGUUGAUGCUCACCUGAUCUUGCACCAGCUGGCCUGUAAUGGUGUACUAGAAGGCAUCCGUAUUUGCAGGAAAGGGUUCCCCAACAGAUUGCAGUAUCCUGAGUUCAAACAGAGGUACCAGGUGCUGAACCCCAACGUCAUCCCCCAGGGAUUUGUGGACAAUAAGAAGGCCUCAGAACUUCUGCUGGGAUCUCUUGACCUGGGAGAGAAUGAGUACAAAAUUGGACAUACCAAGGUGUUCUUCCGCGCCGGAGUCCUAGCCAAGCUGGAAGACAUGCGAGACGACCGCCUGGCAAAGAUUAUGACCAUGCUGCAGUGCCGUGGCCGGGGAUUCCUCAUGAGGAUCGAAUUCAAAAAGAUGCUGGACAGAAGGUUGGGCCUGAUGCUUAUCCAGAGGAAUGUCCGCAAGUUCUUACAGCUGAGAUUCUGGGGCUGGUGGAAACUCUACAACCUGGUGAAGCCUUUACUGAACGUGGCCCGCCAAGAGGAGGAAAUGAAAGCCAAGGAAGAGGAGCUCCGGAGCGCCAUGUCCAAGACCCAGGAACUGAUGGAUCGGGUCAAAGAGCUGGAGGAAAAGACUGCCACCCUCAGCCAAGAGAAGAACGACUUGACCAUUCAGCUGCAGGCCGAACAAGAGAACCUGAUGGACGCCGAGGAGCGCCUGACUCAGUUGAUGAAGUCGAAGAUGGACAUGGAGAGUCAGAUCUCGGACAUGAAGGAGCGCCUGGAGGAGGAAGAGGGUGCAGCCGCGUCUCUGGGCGCCAACAAGCGCAAGCUGGAGGGGGAGCUCAACGACCUCAAGCGGGACCUCGAGGGGCUGGAGACCACCCUGGCCAAGACGGAAAAAGAGAAACAGGCUCUGGAUCACAGAGUGCGAACCUUGACUAGUGACCUCUCUGCACGGGACGAUACCAUCGCCAAACUCCAGAAGGAGAAGCGGGCUCUGGAGGAGCUUCACCAGAAAACUCUUGACGACCUUCAAGCUGAAGAAGACAAAGUGAAUCAUCUGACCAAGAACAACAGCAAACUUAGCACUCAGAUACAUGAGCUGGAGGACAACUGGGAGCAAGAAAAGAAGAUCCGGGCCGAGGUGGAGAAGGCCCGCCGCAAGGCAGAAGGUGACUUGAAGAUGACCAUUGAAAAUCUCAACGAGAUGGAAAGAGCCAAGCUGGAUUUGGAGGAGGUGGUGAAGAAGAGGGACAUGGAGAUCAACUCCAUCACCUCCAAAGUGGAGGAUGAGCAGUCGCUGAAUGCCACACUGCAGAGGAAACUGAAGGAGCAUCAGGCCCGGAUUGAAGAACUGGAGGAAGAACUCGAAUCUGAGCGGGCGAUGCGAGCCAAGAUUGAGAAGCAGCGCAGUGAUCUCUCCCGGGAGCUGGAGGAACUCACCGACCGACUGGAAGAAGCCGGAGGAGCAACUACUGCUCAAAUUGAUCAGAACCGUAAGCGUGAGGCUGAGUUGCUCAAGCUGCGGCGAGAGCUGGAAGAGGCCGCCUUGCAGAGCGAGGCCACAGCUUCGACCCUGCGCAAGAAGCACACAGACGCCAUGGCGGAAAUGACCGAGCACAUUGAGAAUCUGCAGAGGGUGAAGUCCAAGCUGGAGAAAGACAAGCAGGUCAUGAAGGCGGAGAUAGAGGACCUCAGUGCCAACGUGGAGACGAUCCAGAAAUCCAAGAUAAAUGCCGAUGCUCAUGUUCGCAAAUUGGAAGACAAUCUUUCAGAAGCUAAUGCUAGGCUGGCUGAGAUGGAGAAGAACCAAGCAGAAAUCAAUGCUAUUAGAACCCGGCUGCAAGCUGAGAACAGCGAGUUGAGCCGGGAGCAUGAGGAGAGUCAGUCACGGCUCAACCAGAUCCUACGCGUCAAGACGUCUCUCGUUUCCCAAGUGGAUGACUUCAAACGGCAACUGGAUGAAGAGUCAAAGUCCCGCAGCACGGCAGUGGUCAGCCUGGCCAACACCAAGCAUGACCUUGACCUGAUCAAAGAGCAGCUGGAGGAAGAGCACGAGGGCAAAUCGGAGCUGCAACGCUUGGUCUCCAAGCUCAACACUGAGGUGACAACCUGGAGGACCAAAUACGAGACGGAUGCCAUCCAGAGGACGGAGGAGCUGGAAGAAACCAAGAGGAAAUUGACUGCCCGGCUGCAGGAGGCAGAGGAGACAGCAGAGUCCGCACAGGCCCGGGCGGCCAGUAUGGAGAAAACGAAGCAGAGGCUUCAGAUGGAAGUGGAAGACCUCACGCUGGAUCUUGAGAAGGCCAACGCAGCCUGCGCCGUCCUGGACAAGAAGCAGCGGGCCUUUGACAAGAUGCUGUCUGAGUGGCAGCAAAAGUGUGAGGAGCUGCAGCUGGAGGUGGACAACUCCCAGAAGGAAUGCCGCAUGUACAUGACGGAGAACUUCAAGCUCAAGACGGUUUAUGAGGAAGCUCUGGAGCACCUGGAGUCUGUGAAGAAAGAGAACAAGACCCUCCAGGAGGAGAUUAAAGAUCUGGUUGACCAGCUGAGCGAGGGAGGGAGAAGUGUGUACGAGCUUCAGAAGAUGAAGAAGAAACUGGAGAUUGAGAAGGAUGAGUUGCAGGUGGCCUUGGAGGAAGCAGAGUCUUCCCUUGAGGUGGAAGAGAGCAAACUUAUCCGCAUCCAACUGGAGCUGGCGCAGGUCAAAGCCGACAUUGACAGGCGGAUCCAUGAGAAGGAGGAGGAGUUUGAAGCCACCAGGAAGAACCACCAGCGGGCGAUUGAGUCCCUGCAGUCCAGCCUAGAGAUGGAGGCCAAAGGACGGGCAGAGGCCCUCCGUCUGAAGAAGAAGAUGGAGACAGACCUGAACGAGAUGGAGAUCCAGCUGGAUCACGCCAACAAGAACAACAGCGAGCUGGUCAAGACGCUGAAGAAACUCCAGCAGCAGAUCAAGGACCUUCAGAUCCAGAUGGACGAAGACGCCCGCCAGCACGAGGAGCUGCGGGAGCAGUACAACCUCCAGGAGCGGCGCCUCAGCCUUCUGCAGACUGAGCUGGAGGAAGUGCGCACUGGCCUGGAGAGCAGCGAGCGCUCGCGGAAACUCAUCGAGCAGGAGCUGGUGGAGGUCUCUGAGAGGCACAACGAGCUCAGCGUCCAGAACCAAAGCCUGUUGGUGAUCAAGCGCAAGCUGGAGUCCGACCUGCAGCGCAUCACAAAUGAGCACGAGGAGCUCAUCAGUGAAUUCCGAGCGACCGACGAGAGAGCGAAGAAAGCCAUCACUGACGCGGGCCGUAUGGCGGAAGAGCUGCGCCAGGAACAGGAUCACUCCAUGCACCUGGAGAAGAUCAAGAAGAACUAUGAGGUCACCAUCAAGGACCUGCAAGUCAAAAUAGAGGAAGCAGAACAGCUGGCUCUGAAAGGCGGGAAACGCACCAUCAUGAAGCUGGAAACCAGGAUUAAAGAACUGGACUCCGAACUGGACUCUGAACAGAAGCGCCAUGUGGAGACAGUCAAGAUCCUGCACAAGAACGAGCGGCGCCUGAAGGAGCUGGUCUUCCAGACGGAGGAGGACCACAAGACCAACCAGCGGAUGCAGGAGCUGGUGGAGAAGCUGCAGAACAAGCUGAAGACCUACAAGAGGCAGAUCGAUGAGGCCGAGGAACAGGCUAACCAGAGCCAGGCACGGUACCGGAAAACGGUGCAUGAGCUGGACGAUGCUGAGGAGAGGGCUGGCAUGGCCGAGUCGGCCCUGAACAAGCUGCGCACCAGGCACCGGGUCUCGGCGGGGAAGGCGUUCACCUCCGUGGAGAUCAUCCAGGUCUCCAAAUCCGCCAGUUCCAAGUCAGCUGCUGAGGAAUAGAGCCUGCCUCUUGGAGCCUGCAGCUGGCUGAUGGCCAAAGCGUCUCCAGACAGCUGCCUUUUGCAAGAUUGCUUCCAUAGUGAUGACGAGAGCAGCCUAAGCGGAUCAGAACGACACCUGCAUAGAAAGAAACGGAAGAAAGGUGGGAGUGGAAAGCAUCCCGGCAUCUGAGGGGAGAGCGGUGGUCAUCAGAGCAUCCGCCAGAUACAGGAGCGUGAAACCCAGCGUUUUCCCAGAGUUUGUUUUAUGCACCACGAAGGUUAUAUAGACACGUGUUUUUGGCUGGAAAGGGUCUGUUUUUCAUGCAGUCUGUUUGCAUUUUCAUGUCAAGGACAGAAAAUGUUUCGAAGGCGUGGCUUGAGUUGCCUCUUGUCAAUCAUUUCCCUGUACAAAUAGUCUUAAUGCAAUGCCUAAAUAAAGCUUUACCCCAUGGAAAAGAA